AUGGACGCCGACACGACCAAACCACAUUCCGCUGUGCCGUCGCACAUGGUGAAUGGAGGCUCGCCGCUCAGACUCACGACCGAGGCUCGCGAUAAGAAGGAACGGGAAAAUCUCUUCAACGCCAUUGAGACGUCCAACCGGGGCCGGCAAGUGGUAAACUUCGACGGGCCGACUGGUUAUUUCCCCGCGAAGGCUUUUGCAGCAAACAACAAUGAUGGCAGUACGGGCAGCGGACUCGAAAUGAGCAACGGCCAUACGGAGAACGAAUCCGAGGGCGAGGACGCUGUCGUCCAAACGCCGCUUGCAACGAGCCGCGCGCACAGCCCAUAUACCCAGCAUCCGACGAUUGACUUUGAUGGGCUUAGCUGGCCUAGUAAGGGCACACGGCAUCGAAAGGAGGCGACGGAUGAAGAGAAGGCGGAGAAUCUGAAGAAGCUAUCGGGGGCUGUACGGACAAUGCUCGAGUGUCUGGGCGAGGAUCCUGAUCGCGAGGGUCUGCUGGACACACCCGAGCGGUACGCAAAGGCGCUGCUCUUCUUCACCAAAGGCUACGAGGAGAACCUGCGGGAUAUUGUCAACGGAGCCGUCUUUCACGAAGACCACGACGAAUUGGUGAUUGUACGGGACAUUGAGAUAUUUUCGCUGUGCGAGCACCACUUGGUGCCCUUUACCGGAAAAAUGCACAUUGGUUACAUCCCCAACCGCCGCGUCAUCGGCCUGUCGAAGCUGGCGCGCAUUGCCGAAAUGUUUGCCCGCCGGUUCCAAGUGCAAGAGCGGCUGACGAAGCAGGUUGCGCUGGCGCUUUCCGAGAUGCUGCAGCCACAGGGAGUUGCGGUGGUGGUAGAGUCGAGCCAUCUUUGCAUGGUGAUGCGCGGGGUUCAGAAGACGGGUGCUACAACGACUACGAGCUGUAUGCUUGGUUGCAUGCGUUCGCGGGAAAAGACUCGCCAGGAGUUUCUCAACCUUAUCAACAGGAGAUAG